UGUUUUCUUUUUCUCCAAAAGAAACAUGGGGGCUGCUGUGGCACCCGAUGCCCAUGCUUCUUUUUUUCCACCUAAAAAAAAUGCAGCAUCCGGCGUUGCCGGUGGUGGAUGAAUGAUGAUGUUCGAUAGAUCUGGAAAACCCCCUAAAUCCUUGUGCAAUCAUAUUGCACCUCAUCUUUGCCUUUUCUGAUUUUCUUUUCCCUUUCAAAUCGUGAGAGGAUCUGGUGAAUAUCCAAUCGGUCUUAUGUCAUCCUCAAAUCUAUCAAUGAAAACAAGUCAAAAUCGUCUUGACAGAGCAAUUCUUUAGCAAAAAAACAUAAUUUGGAAUAUGUAAUGUGUAUAUAGACCGGCGAUGACAACAAUUUUGUGGAGCAAAGCCAUGGAGGAAGUUACUCUUCCAGUUUUUCUGGUAACAUUUGCCCUCUUUCUGGUUUGUAUACUAAGCUUAAUUCUUCGCACCAGGGCUCCCAGUCCCAGGUCCGCCUCCUCCAAACCUAUCUACGGCCCAAAAUCCUACCCAAUAAUUGGCGCUGCUCCGUCGCUCUCCUCGAACUCCCACCGCCUCCCGGAAUACUUCACCGAGCUCAUACAAGAAUCCCCGACCGGCACCGUCUUCAUCCAUUGCCCCUUUGGCUCCAAACUAAUCGUGACAGCCAACCCCUCCAAUGUCGAGCACAUACUCAAGACUCGAUUUCUGGCCUACCCACUUGGCCCCAUCUUCUAUUCCACCUUCUAUGAUAUCCUCGGCGAUGGCAUAUUCAACGCCGACGGGGAGGCUUGGAAGUUCCAGAGGAAGAUCGCCAGCCACGAGUUCAGCACCCGAUCUCUACGCAAAUUCGCAGAAACUGUUAUAGGUGGCCAAGUUUCCGACCGCCUCCUCCCGCUCCUCACCUCGGCGGCGGCGACAGGUACCAUCUUGGAUCUUCAGGAUGUGCUCGCGCGAUUCGGGUUUGAUAACAUCUGCAGGAUUGCUUUCGGCGCCUGCCCUGUUUCCGACGACCUCAGUCUCUCGACUUCCGAGUUCACCAUGGCUUUCACCGUCGUGGGAAAGAUUCUUAGCGAGCGCAUCACUGCCGUCUCUCCUGUGGUUUGGAAGAUCAAGCGGGCGCUUGGAAUCGGCUUCGAGAAGCAGCUCCGAUACGCUGUUCGAACGAUCGACGACUUCACCAGAAACCUCAUCCGUGAGAGGAAACAGAACCCCCUUACCACCCCGGAGGAGUUGGAUCUUCUCUCAAGAUUUAUGAAUGUGGAUGGUGCUGAUGACAGGUUCGCGAAGGACAUGGUGAUCAGCUUUGUUAUCGCCGGCAUGUACACGACAUCGGCGGCCCUGACAUGGUUCUUCUGGCUGGUGUCCAGACACCGGCACGUCGAAGAGGAGAUUGUGAAGGAGAUCGCAUCUGUGGAAGGAGGAACACUCGGCUUUGAUGAGGUCAAAGAAAUGAAUUAUUUGCACGCAGCGCUCUGUGAGAGCAUGAGAUUCUAUCCGCCAGUGCCGGCCGAUAUCAAGUACGCCGCCGAAGACGAUGUGCUCCCAGACGGAACGCCGGUGCCGAAAGGAGCAAGCGUGAUGUACCAUCCUUACGCCAUGGGGAGGACCAAAUCGUUGUGGGGGGAAGAUUGGGAGGAGUUCCGGCCGGAACGGUGGCUGCGGAGAGACGGAGCAGAUGGUAAGUGGCGAUUCGUUCCGGAGGACCCCUACAGGUAUCCGGUGUUUCAGGCCGGGCCGAGGAUAUGCCUGGGUAAGGACUUGGCCUUCAUCCAGAUGAAAACCGUGGCUGCCGCCGUGCUUAGUCGCUUUAGGGUAGUUCGGUUGUCGCCGGACUUCCAGCCAGUGAUGAGGUGGAACGUGACCAUCCAGAUGGUAGGUGGUUUUCCGGUGAAGGUGGAAGAGAGGAAGACCUGACAUCAAAGCUGCCCAUGCCGUUCUCUUUUAAAACCACGAUGCCAACUAUUCCAAUGUUAGGUUGGAUAAUGAUCAAUUUCCCAUCAUAUUCACAAGUCUUUCUCUCUAUCUCUUGCUUUCUUACUCUGUGCUACGGGAUCUUCAGUACUCUUUCAGGGAGCAUCUGGAAGUAGACCUUAGGAGAUAUCUUUAGUUUCGUGAACUGUUUUUGUGCAUCCGAUAUGUAUGUGUGUGAUUAUUUUUGCUUAAUAUGAACAGUCGUUCUCGCAGCA